CGUUGAUGAAUCAAUCCUCAGUCUCCGUAGAUGUAUGCAAGAAGUCAGCACCCCUUUUUUCUCUCACAAAGCACUAACUCUGACAGUGUAUGUGUGCAAGGGUUCCCCCGGUGAGCGCCAGCCACGGUACCGCCUCUGCUGAUGAGAUGGAUCACAGCAGAGGAGCUACGUCAGCCGGCACACAGGGAAGGAACACCCACACGCACGCUGUACGUCCACACACUCACGCAGCCAACCAGUCAUUGCAGACAGACAGUUUAUGAGCAUCCAUCCAUCAGUUGCGCCGGCGCGGGUCUCUCAUGUCUCUCAUGGGCCCAAUUGCUGCGGCUCCAGGAAGAGUGUGUGAGAAAGGUGGGCGAGGGGGUGGUCCCCCGCUGCCUUUCUCACGCACACCUCCUGGAGGCACUCCAGAAUCGGCACCACGCAUGGCCGCCCGACCGGCCGACAGCGAAUCAUUGGGGGCUCAGUAGUUCCACCCAUACGUACAAAAGCUCCCGUCACUCAGUGGAAAAGAAUACCCUUCAUGGUCGACUCGAUAUGAGGCAGACAGACACAGGCAGGCAGGCAGACAGACACAGGCAGGCAGGCAGACAGUCACAGGCAAGUGCCCUAUGCAUCCGCCACUGUACAGUGCACAGUGCACACACACCGCUGCGUCCGUUCGGGUGUCUGUCGCGUCACUCGUUCAUGUCGGCCGCCCGUCGCCUCUGGUACUCUGCAGACGUGACCAGGUGCCGAGUCGCACGCUGCACACAAAGCACCAACCAUGCAGACAUUCAACCUUGUGUGUACGGAGGAAUGAAUGCAAACAUUCGGCGACCUGGGAUGCUUUGAUGAUGGCCACCCAGCCUUCGCCCUCUUGCUGACGGACAUACACACGCACACACAGACACGUACACAUGGAGGGAUGCAUGCAUGCAGCCACGCGUGUGUCUGUCUGAAUUAAUCUUCAGAUGGUGUGGUGUGUGCCGCUGACCCUUUCGUCCCACAGCAGCAGGGGGUUGUCGACAAGCCGCUCGUUGACCUCCACCAAAUCGCCUGCACCCACCACAACCAAGACAGCACAUCACAUCACGACACGCAGGAUGGGAGCCAUUGAGAGCAUUCACACGUGUGCCAGUAGAGUGCCCACCGUUGACACAUGCGCGGAUGUCAUAGGACAGGACGUGUCGGGUGCCAUCAGCAUCAGAAGGCGAGUCGACUUCACACACACAGAUUGUCGUCUCGGGCUUCAGAGAAAGACUCCCGCCUGCACGCAGACAGACCAGGUCCGACAAGCCACGCAUCCACACAUCCUCUUGCGGCCGUCUGCUGUGUGUGUGCGUACGUUUGCGUUUGCCCGACACUUGUGACGCCAGCGCCUCCUCGGUGAAGCGAAGCCGAAGCUGCCCCCCACCUGGCGGCGGCUGAGCGGCCACGAGAGGAUGGGAGGGCGCCAGGCCGACCACCAACAGGCUGCAUGCAAUGCAAUUCAGUCACAAGUGUUAAUGCGGGAGAACCACGCCGGCGUCUGUGUCCGUGGCUGUGUGUGGUUGGCUCACUCACUGGUUGACGUGUUGGAGGACAUAGUGGUCCUCUCCGGGGCAUCCCGCCGCGUCCAGGCAGUACAGCCGAGUGAAAUAACGCUGCAUCCACGCCACGCAACACACGCAAUCCGCAAACCAAACCCGUUCAUCGUUCCCUAUCGUUCCCUGAUGUGAUGCUCCCUCACCUGGACAAACGGCGGGAACAGCUGUCGGAAGCCCAGCGAUGACCUGCCUUUCUCCCCAUGUGGUGGGGCAUCUCCGUCCAUUUUGGUUCCGGCGCCUUCAAAUGCUCAUCUGCUGCUCAUAUGCCACCCGAUCUUCUUCAUCUUCUUCCAGGGCAGGGUUGUCAUCCUCAG